AUGACCCAUGAGGCGCGGUGUCGGAUCUUCCUCACAAAUCGCCUAACCAAGGAACAGACCCAGAGACUCCAGGAGAUCAGGGUGGAGCCCGAUGAAUUCGAUGCCCUUCGUUAUGAUGAAUGGAAGAACGGGGAAGCAGGCAUGACUGAUGGGAAAGUCAAAGAUAUCUGGGAGAUCAUCAACGCCUACCUCAUCUGGUGCGAGUCAGAUGACCCUCUUAUCUUUGUCUUUAUUGAUGCACAGUUUGCACCCGACCAAACGGUCAUCCUGGUCAGAGCAGAUGUGUGUAAUGAUUGUGACCCCGAACAUGAACUCCUCAGGCAUAUGCCUUUUUUUGCGCUUAAGGGGCUUCCAGUUUAUGCGCAUCCCCAUACAGCUCACAUGUUCGCGUGGAAAAAAAAUGAAAUGAUUGAUGGCGAAUGGUCAAGCUAUCGAAGGCCGGGCUGGCUGUCACCGAGUUUACUACCUGACGGAUAA